AUGUCAAAGAUCGACAAGAUGAGCAUCCUGGGGGUGAGGAGCUUUGGGAUUGAGGAUAAAGACAAACAAGUUAUAUCUUUCUUCACUCCUCUGACUGUGCUGGUCGGGCCCAAUGGAGCAGGGAAAACAACUAUUAUUGAAUGCCUAAAGUAUGCAACAUCAGGAGAACUCCCCCCUGGAUCUAAAGGAGGUGCAUUUGUUCAUGAUCCGAAGGAUGCCCAUGAGACGGAUGUGCGAGCACAAAUUCGACUCUUGUUCUCAGAUGUCAAUGGAGAUAAAGUGACCAUCCAACGCUCUAUGUCCUGCACUCAGAAGGCGAAGAGUUACACCUUCAAAAGCUUAGAGCAGGUCAUUACCAGAUUGAAAGAUGGCGAGAGAGUGAGCUUGUCUUCGAAGUGUGGGGAGCUGGACCGGGAGAUGAUUUCUGCAUUGGGUGUGUCAAAGCCUGUGCUGAAUCAUGUCAUCUUCUGUCACCAAGAAGAGUCUAACUGGCCUCUUAGUGAGGGCAAAGCACUCAAAGACAAGUUUGACUCCAUCUUUGCUGCAACCAAGUAUAUCAAAGCUCUGGAGACAAUGCGUCAGCUGCGUCUCGCACAGAGUCAGACAGUCAAAGAGUGCCAGGUGGAGCUGCGCUACCUGAAACAGAACAAGGAGAAGGCCCAGCAAAUUCGAGAAACUGUGGCCACCAAGGAGGCACAGCUAGUUGCCUCAAAAGACAGCGUCCAGCAGAUAGAGAACCAAAUUGAGCCACUUGAGAAUCGACUGAUCGAUAUUGACCAGAAAUUUGGGAAAGUGAUGAAGCUAGAUAAUGAUAUCAAGGCUUUAGACAGCAGGAAGAAACAGAUGGAGGAGGACAACAAGGAGCUGGAGGAAACAAUGGAACAGGUGUUCCAGGGUUCAGAUGAAGAGCUGCAGGAGAUUUACCAGAACCACCAGAGGACAGUGAGAGAGAAGGAGCGAAGGCUGACGGACUGCCAGAAGGAGCUAGAGAGAGCUGGCAGAGAGUGCCAGAGACUCAAUAGAAUCAAGGCUGAUCUCCUGGUAGAACAAGGUCGUCUACAGCUAGAAGCUGACCGCCAUACACAAAACAUCAGGAACCGUGACACUCAGGUUCGCUCUCUGUCAUCCUACUUGGAGAUGGAGGGUUAUGACCGACCACCCUUCACUGCUCUUCAGCUUGAGAGCUUUCAUUGUCAUGUCACACAGAGACUGGAGCAAGAAAAAGAGACUCUCAGCCAAGUUAUGGCGGACCUGCAGGAAAAGGAGCAACAGAAGCAGCAGUCUAUUGAUGAAAUGAGGGAUAAGAAGACUGGCCUGGAGAGAACAGUGGAGUUGAAGAGAGACUUGCAGGGGAAAAAGCAGCAAGAACUGAGGAGUGUCAGAGCAGACCUGCAGAGGCUGGAGGGUUCGUCUACUCGGCUGCAAGAACUGGAAAAUGAAUUGGCUAAAGCGGAGCGGGAGCUGCAGAGUGCAGUUCAGAAUUCCAACGUGGAGGAGCUGAAGGCUGAAGUUUUGGAGCUCCAGAGUGUAAAGGUUGAACUUGACCGCAAACAGAGACAGCUUGACCAAGAGAUGGAAACACUCAACACACACACGACUGCACGCACACAGAUGGACAUGCUGAAAAAGGACAAGACCGAAAAGGAGGACCAGGUACGCAAGAUCAAGUCCCGUCACAGUGAGGAUCUGGUGUCCUUACUGGGCCACUUUCCCAACAAGAGAGAGCUGGAAGACUGGAUCUAUUCCAAGUCCAAGGAAAUCAAUAGCACCAGGGACAGACUUGCAAAACUCAAUAAGGACUUGGCAUCAAGUGAGCAGAACAAAAGCCACAUUUCUGCUGAGCUGCGUAAGAAGGAGCAACAAUUAACCGGUGAUGAGGAGAAGUUCUUCAAUGUGUGUGGCAGUCAAGAUCUGGAACAGGACCUGAGCAAACUGCAAGAAGAUCUGGAGAAGAUAUCCAAACAAAGAGCCAUGCUAGCUGGAGCCACAGCAGUGUACACCCAGUUUAUCAGUCAGCUGACAGAGGAGAGGGAGCCCUGCUGCCCUGUGUGCCAGCGAACGUUCCCCUCUGAGUCUGAUCUGCAGGAAGUUAUCAACGAUAUGCAGUCUAAAUUACGCCUGGUGCCGGACAAACUGAAAAACACAGAGCAGGAUCUGAAGAGGAAGGAGAGGAAGAAAGAUGAGAUGAUGGCUCUCAGACCUGUAAGGCAGUCCAUUGUACAGCUUCAGGAAAAGGAGCUACCAGAGUUGAAAAACCGUCUUCAGACUGUGAAUAGAGAAAUAGAGAGGUUGAAGGGUGACAUUGAGGAGCAGGAGACUCUGCUUGGUACCCUGAUGUCUAAGGAGGAAACCGCCAAAGCCUGCUUGCAGGACAUCUCUCUCAUGGACAGAUAUAUGAUGGACCUUAAGGAGGUGGAAAGGAAAAUAGCUCAGCAGGCAGCAAAACUCCAAGGAGUAGACCUAACCAGAACCACCCAACAAGUCAGUCAGGAGAAACAAGAAACUCAGCACAAAUUGGACACCACUUCCAGCAAGAUGGAGCUGAAACGGAAGCUGAUCCAGGACCAGCAGGAUCAGAUUCAGAUGCUGCGAAGUGGAGUGAACGAGACAAGAGCGGAAAAGCUCCAGCUGAGCAGCGACAUGCAAAAACAGCAGCAGCUGGAGGAGCAGUGUGUCGAGUUCACCACAGAGAUACAAUCCUUCACCCGGGACAUCAGGGAGGCAAAGGAACAACUGUCCCCUCUGUCUGCUGCCCUGGAGAAGCUGCAGCAGGAGAAACAGGAGUUGUUGGAGCGCAAAACGCAGAAGCAGGAAGAAGGGCAGGAGAAGAUCAGCUCCAUUAAAGAGAAAUUAAAGGCGAUUACCACCUUGGAAAAAGACAUCACUAAAUACGUCAUUGAGGGCAAAGAUGAGUACAAAGAGCAAAAAGAGUCUGAACUCCAUGAAACUAACACUCAGCUCCAUGAGGCUGAGAAGAACAAGGAGAAGAUUAAUAAGGAGAUGGGAAACAUCCGUCAGGACAUAGAUACUCAAAAGGUCCAGGAGCGCUGGUUACAGGACAACCUGACCUUGAGGAAGCGUGUUGAAGAGUUAAAAGAAGUUGUGGCAAAACAUGAAGCUCUGAUUAAAGACAUGGGCAACAUGCAAGUCAUGCAGCUGCGCCAAGAACGGCGUGAAGCAGAACGCAAGCUGGAGGAUUUGAAAAAGAACCGCAGUAUUGCACUGGGCCGUCAGAAAGGCUUUGAGGAGGAGAUAUUGCAUUACAGAAAGGAGCUGCGCGAGGAUCAGUAUGACAAAGCUGAUGAGCGCUACAGAAACAAGAUGAUUACAAUGAGGACCACAGAGCUGGUCAUUAAGGACCUGGAUCUCUACUACAAGGCUCUUGAUCAAACCAUCAUGAAAUUCCACAGUAUGAAGAUGGAUGAAAUCAAUAAGAUCAUCAGAGACCUAUGGCGCAGCACCUACAGGGGUCAAGAUAUUGAGUAUGUGGAGAUCAGGUCUGAUGUGGAUGAGAAUUCAUCUGCUGGAGUGAGGCGGAGGGUUUACAACUACAGAGUAGUUAUGGUGAAAGGAGAUACAGCUCUGGAUAUGAGAGGACGCUGCAGUGCCGGCCAGAAGGUAUUGGCGUCGCUGAUAAUCCGUCUCGCUCUGGCUGAGACGUUCUGUCUGAACUGUGGGAUUCUAGCCUUGGAUGAGCCCACCACCAACCUGGACCGAGAGAACAUCGAGUCACUAGCACACGCCCUUGUAGAAAUCAUUAAGAAUCGCUCUUGCCAGCGCAACUUCCAGUUGCUGAUCAUCACCCAUGACGAGGACUUUGUAGAGCUGCUUGGGCGGUCCAGCUACAUUGAACACUUCUAUCGUAUCCGUAAGAACCAGGACCAGAACUCUGAAAUCAACAAGUGCAGCAUCACCUCCCUCUCAUCCUAUCUUCACUGAACAGUGAUUCUAAAAACUCCUUUGGAAAUGUAAACUAAUGCUUCAUCUUCUUGCUUUGAUUUUGUUUGGGCCAAGGCCACGUUCCGUUAUGCUUUCCAGGAGGCGUGAAGAAAACUCAUUUUCACAUCAUUUGUUCAUUAACUGCUUUGUAUACAAUGUUUGUUUUUGAAGACACUCUUCAGUAACUUUAAAUCUAUUAUAUCCUCAAUUAUUCCCAAUAAACUGGUGGAACAAGCUCCUGCAAAACCAACUUUAAAAGGCUUUUGUUUAAUGUCAGAAAUAAACAUUUAAAGACAAACUGACACUGAAAUGUUUGAUCCUAAUUGUUAGCUUGAACUGCAUUCAUGUGAUGCUGGAAUCCAGCCUGAGUGAAACAGUGAUGCGUAUUUGUUUUUAUAGAAAUGAAAACUAUAAAACAUUGUGGCGUUACUUGUUUGAAAAAUAAAACUGCUGAAAAAAGUCAAAA